AUGUUUCACCUCAACAGCUUCCUCCACCUUCCAUUACACUUUCUUCAUCUGAAGCAGAUCCAUUGCUUACUCCUCACUUCUCCGAUCUUCUAUACUCGCCGCGAUCUCUUUCUCUCCCGUCUUAUCCGCCGCUGCACCGCCGCAACUCAAUUCCUCUACGCUCGCCGUCUAUUAUGUCAAAUCCAAACUCCCAGCAUUCAUCUAUGGGACUCGCUCGUUGGCCACUUCGCCGGCGGGAUUACACUUAGCCGUCGGUUAUCGGUUCUUUCUUACGUUCAAUUGCGGCGAAACGGCGUUUUCCCUAGCCGCCACACGUUUCCUCCGCUUCUCAAAGCGGUUUUCAGAUUGAUGGACUCUAAUCCGUUUCAGUUUCAUGCUCAUAUCUUCAAAUUCGGGUUGGAUUCGCAUCUUUUUGUGAGGAAUUCGUUGAUUUCGGGUUAUUGUAAUCGUGGGCUAUUCGAUUGUGGAUAUCGCGUUUUCGAUGGGACUGAAGAUAAGGACGUGGUUUCAUGGACUGCGAUGAUUGACGGGUUUGUGAGGAACGGUUCUGCUUCAGAAGCAAUUGCGUACUUCGUGGAGAUGAAGAAGACUGGAAUUGCGGCGAAUGAAAUGACUGUUGUUAGCGUCUUGAGCGCUGCGGCGAAGACUGAAGAUGUUCGAUUUGGGAGAAGCAUUCAUGGGUUUUACUUGGAAACAGGAAGAGUGAAAUGUGAUGUGUUCAUAGGGAGUUCUCUGGUAGAUAUGUAUGGAAAAUGUGGUUUUUAUGAUGAUGCACAGAAAGUGUUCGAUGAAAUGCCGAGCAGAAAUGUGGUUACUUGGACCGCAUUGAUUGCUGGAUACGUGCAAAGCCGUUGCUUCGAUAAAGGGCUUUUUCUUUUCCAGGAGAUGUUGGAGAGUGACGUUACACCUAAUGAGAAGACACUAAGCAGUGUUCUUUCGGCUUGCGCUCACGUAGGAGCACUUCAUCAAGGAAGAAGGGUGCAUUGUUAUAUGAUUAAGAAUUUGAUCGAGAUAAACACUACACUGGGAACGACAUUGAUUGAUCUUUAUGCCAAGUGUGGGUAUUUAGAGGAAGCUAGAUUGGUUUUUGAGAGACUUUAUGAGAAAAAUGUGUAUUCUUGGACGGCGAUGAUUAAUGGAUUCGCAGCGCACGGGUAUGCAAGAGGCGCACUUGAUCAUUUUCAGACGAUGUUAAGGAGUCAUGUUUUGCCAAAUGAAGUUACUUUCAUCGCUGUCUUAAGCGCCUGCGCUCAUGGAGGACUUGUGGAAGAGGGUAGAAGGCUUUUUCUGAGCAUGAAGGAACGUCUCAAUUUGGAGCCAAAUGUGGAUCAUUAUGCGUGUAUGGUUGAUUUACUUGGAAGAAAAGGUUUGCUAGAAGAGGCAAAGGCUUUGAUAGAGAGAAUGCCAAUGAAGCCAACAAAUGCAGUAUGGGGAGCUCUGUUCGGGGCUUGUUUGAUUCACAAAGACUAUGAGUUAGGUAAAUACGCAGCCUCCCGUGUGAUCAAGCUGCAGCCUAGUCACAGCGGGAGAUAUACGCUCUUGGCUAAUUUGUACUCAGAAUCUCAAAACUGGAAUGAUGUCGCUCGUGUGAGAAAGCAAAUGAAAGAUCAACAGAUGGUCAAGUCGCCGGGAUGUAGCUGGAUCGAAGUGAAAGGUAAGCUCCAUGAAUUCAUAGCUUUCGAUACUAAAAAAUGUGUCGAAUCUGAUGAUUUGUUCAAGACUCUGGACAACGCUGGUAUGCAAAUGAGAUUGCGGGAUGAAUUGGAAGAUUUUGACCUCAUAACCCUUCUCUGAAACUAUCCAUAACCCUCCAGUUAUAUC